AUGGCUCCUCCUUCGCAGCUCGCAAUCGCUACUUCGGCGGUCACCCGUCUUGUCAAGGAAGAGGCAAGCUACCACAAGGAGCUAGAACAGCAGCAAGCCCGCCUCGAAAAGCUCAAGCAGGUCAGCAGUGACGAAGAAAAUGCUGAGUGGAAUCUGAAGCAGGAGAAUAGAGCGCUUGACGAAACCAAGGCCAUGUUUCCUCAGCUCCGCAAACGCAUCCAGGAAUCUUUGGCCAAGCUUGAGCAGCAACUUGCACAGGGAGAACAAAACAGCCCCGAAGAGGUCACCAAGGCUCAGGAUGCUGUAGCAUCGGCCAAGAAUGCUAUCAAGGAGACUUCUUAA